UUUUUUUAUUUUUUAUUCAUCGGAUAUGUUUGGCCAAUUGACAGUGUUAUGUUUAACCUGGCGCCAAACACCCAAAAGUGCCUCAAAGAAGACAUUCAGGCAAAUCAAUUGGUAAUGGGGGAAUACGAAGUUUCCGAUGUGCCCGGCCAAAUCAUCGACUAUGUUGCACGGGACACAAAAGGACAUAUAUUGUCACAAAAGGAGCACAUUACCAAAGGAAAAUUCAGUUUUAUGUCAGAAGUAUAUGACGCCUACGAAAUAUGCUUCAUCUCAAAAGUACCACCACAUCAACGAGGGAUUCCGCAAGAGGUUUCGCUAGUGACAAAAAAAGGUGUAGAAACAAAAAGCUACGAGGGUAUUGGUGAGGCUUCCAAAUUGAAACCUCUUGAAGUCGACCUUAAACGCUUGGAAGACCUUUCCGAUUCAAUAGUGCGGGAUUUUAUUCUAAUGCGCAAGCGAGAGGAAGAAAUGCGUGACACAAAUGAAAAAACAAAUAGUCGAGUCCUAUUCUUUAGCAUUUUCAGCAUGUGCUGUUUGCUUGGUUUGGCUACGUGGCAAGUCCUGUAUCUUCGCAGAUAUUUUAAAGCAAAAAAACUUAUUGAAUAGUGUAAAAAACAUGAAUCCUCUCUUAACUUUCGUUUAAAAUAAAUUCAAGAAUCAAUAAAGUA